CUCCUCCCGCCUGUCAACCUGAACCACUAUGCCACCAAGAAGAGCGUGGCCGAGAGCAUGCUGGACGUGGCCCUGUUCCUGUCGAAUGCCACACGGCUGAAGGCGGUGCUGGAGCUGGGCCCGUCCGCCUCCUAUUACACGACCCUCGUCGCCCUGCUCAGCAUCUCCCUGCUCCUGCAGGUGGUCAUUGGAAUCCUCCUCGUGGUGAUCGCUCGGCUCAACCUCAAUGAGGUGGAGAAACAGUGGCGGCUCAACAGGCUCAAUAACGCCGCCACCACCUUGGUCUUCAUCACGGUCGUCAUCAAUGUCUUCAUCACGGCCUUCGGGGCACAUAAGACGGGGCACCCGGCGGCCAGGACCUCGAGGAAUCCUCUCUGAACCUC